AUCCGUUAAGACUGAGAGGGCAUAGGGAAGACCUGUCACCUUCUCGGGUAUCCCCGACAGAAAGAAACCCUCGGGUCUACUUUUUCACAGUCGCAGAGACUCACUGGCUCCACUUAAUUGUGGAAUCUCUAGGCUGGCUCCCAUUCAGAAGUUUUUGCUUCUAACACGACUAGCCACAGAAGCAGGAAGUUGUUUGAUUUUUGUUUUCUUUUUCCUUCCUAUCUUAAUUUCUUUUUCUUUUUUAAGGAAAAACGGGCCAGGGCGUUAAGUUACCCAAACGGGAAGGGAUACGGGGCUGUGUCCUUGCGACAGAAAAGUGUUUAGUCCUGUCCCUUUAAACCCGAGGGGGGAGGAUCCGGAAGUGGAUGGGCGGGGCAAGGCGGCACUGAUAUAUAAGAGGGCCUCAACCGCGCGGGGUCUCCAAUCUGCCAUUUUCUCUGCCCGAGUAAGUCUUCACUGUCUGGAAUUCUCUCGUUUUCUUCGCAGGCAGUAUUCUGCCCACUGGCCCACCACCUCAGGGGAACGAUGGCCACAGAGUCUACAGCCACUGCUGCCAUCGCCGCGGAGCUGGUUUCCGCUGACAAUAUUGAAGAUGCUCCUGCUCCUUCUACCUCUGCAGAUAAAAUGGAGAGUCUGGAUGUGGAUAGUGAAGCGAAGAAACUACUGGGAUUAGGACAGAAACAUCUGGUGAUGGGUGAUAUCCCAGCAGCUGUUAAUGCAUUCCAGGAAGCAGCUAGUCUUUUAGGUAAGAAAUAUGGAGAAACGGCUAAUGAGUGUGGAGAAGCCUUCUUUUUUUAUGGAAAGUCACUUCUGGAGUUGGCCAGAAUGGAGAAUGGAGUGUUGGGAAAUGCCUUAGAAGGAGUGCAUGUAGAAGAGGAAGAAGGAGAAAAAACAGAAGAUGAAUCUUUGGUAGAAAAUAAUGAUAAUGUAGAUGGUAUGUAGAGUUGCAUGCUACAGUCAAGAGAUGCGACGACUGAUACUUCUUUAAAGAAGGAAAUAGGGUUCUCCUGGUGGUUGGUCUCUCCAAAGAUACUUGGGCUGAUAUAGUAAGUGUAGGCCAUUACUAAAGUGAGCGUCUAAAAGAAUAACCAAAUGUAUCAAAUAAAUUCUUUUAAAUUGGCAUAUUAAAUAUUAAGAAAACAUUAAAUAUUUUUCUGAUGCAUAUUUUUAAAACACCUUGCAUAGCUCAGUUAUUUUAAUAGAGUCCGUGGAAUACUUCUGUUUUAUACAUCUUAGAAAAUUAAAUAUUUUCUAAGUUUGGCUGUUAGAAUUUUACAUGUCAAAUAAGUAUAAUGUUUAAGAGAGGGAGGAAAGCUUGACAUCUCUUUUCUGACUGGUAACAGAUUACUUGAUGUGAACCUACAGGCUUCAUUUCUUUUGCAGUAUGUUGCUUUGCUAGCUUGGAUUCUCCCUUUCUCCCUUUGCUUUUCUCAUUGGGGCAUCUGAUAAAACUUAGGAUUAAAGGGAAUGUAUUUCUACUUUCAAUUUAUGCUUUUAUCAUUAAACUCGGAGACAUGUUUAUGCUUCAUGUUCUUUAACCAUGUAGAGGAAGCAAGGGAAGAGUUGAGAGAACAGGUUUAUGACGCCAUGGGAGAAAAAGAAGCCAAAAAAGCAGAAGGCAAGUCUCUGAUAAAGCCUGAAACUGAUAAAGAACAGGAAAGUGAAGUGGAGAAGGGUGGAAGAGAAGAUAUGGAUAUAAGUGAGCCUGCAGAGAAACUCCAGGAAAAAGUUGAAUCGACUUCAAAGCAAUUAACUGAAUCCUCUGAAGAGGCAAAAGAAGCAGCAAUACCAGGACUGAAUGAAGAUGAGGUCACUUCUGGGAAGACAGAACAGGAAUCAUUGUGUACUGAGGAAGGAAAAUCAAUUUCUGGAGCUUAUGUUCAAAAUAAAGAAUUCAAAGAAACAGUGCCUCAGGAGGAGGGAGAGGAAAUAAUAAGCUUAGAGAAAAAGCCAAAAGAAACUUCAGAAGACCAGCCUGUUGAGGCUCCAGAAAAGCAGGGCACUUUAAUAAAGGUGGUAGAAAUAGAAGCUGGAAUAGACCCUGAAGUCAAGUCAGUGGGCGUGGGUGGGGAGGAGCCAAAGGAUCAAGUAGCUACCUCUGAGAGUAAAGUAGGAAAGGCUGUUUUUACGCAAGAUGUUGAAGUAUCACCAGUAGUGGCUGCAGAGGCUGGAUCAGAAGUCUCUGAGAAGCCAGGGCAGGAGAUUACAGUUCCCAACAAUGGUCCAGUUGUUGGACAAUCAACUGCAGGAGAUCAGACUCCUAGUGAACCACAGACCUCUGCAGAAAGACUGACAGAAACUAAAGAUGGCUCAAGUGUAGAGGAGGUCAAGGCAGAGCUGGUUCCUGAACAGGAGGAAGUUAUGCUACCUGUAGAAGAGUCUGAGGCAGCUGGAGAUGGGGUUAAGACCAAGGUAGCCCAGAGGGCCACGGAGAAAGCACCUGAAGACAAAUUUAAGAUAGCUGCUAAUGAAGAGACACAGGAGAGAGACGAACAGAUGAAAGAGGGUGAAGAAACUGAAGGCUCAGAGGAAGAAGACAAAGAAAAUGACAAGUCUGAAGAGACACCAAAUGAGUCAGUUCUUGAAAAAAAGUCUCUUCAAGAAAAUGAAGAGGAGGAGAUUGGGAAUUUAGAACUUGCCUGGGAUAUGUUGGAUUUAGCCAAGAUCAUUUUUAAGAGGCAAGAAACAAAAGAAGCCCAGCUUUAUGCUGCACAAGCCCAUCUUAAACUUGGAGAAGUUAGUGUUGAAUCUGAGAAUUAUAUCCAAGCUGUGGAGGAGUUUCAGGCUUGCCUAAGCCUGCAAGAACAAUAUUUGGAAGCUCACGAUCGUCUCCUUGCAGAGACUCACUACCAGUUGGGUUUGGCCUAUGGUUACAACUCUCAGUAUGACGAGGCAGUAGCACAGUUUGGUAAAUCUAUUGAAGUCAUUGAGAAGAGAAUGGCUGUACUACAUGAGCAGAUGAAGGAGGCUGAAGGGUCAUUUACUGAGUUUGAAAAAGAAAUUGAGGAGCUGAAAGAACUGCUACCUGAAAUUCGAGAGAAGAUAGAAGAUGCAAAGGAAUCUCAGCGGAGUGGGAAUGUAGCUGAACUGGCCCUGAAAGCUACUUUGGUGGAGAGCUCUACUUCAGGUUUCACUCCUAGUGGAGCCAGUGCCUCAGUAUCCAUGAUUGCCAGUAGAAAACCAACAGAUGGCGCUUCCUCAUCAAAUUGUGUGACUGAUAUUUCCCAUCUUGUCAGAAAGAAGAGGAAACCAGAGGAAGAAAGUCCCCGAAAAGAUGAUGCAAAGAAAGCUAAACAAGAGCCAGAAGUGAAUGGAGGCAGUGGGGAUGCUGUCUCCAGUGGAAAUGAAGUUUCAGAAAACAUGGAAGCUGAGGCUGAGAAUCAGGCUGAGAGCCAGACAACAGCAGAGGGGACAGUGGAGUCUGCAGCUACAGUUAAAAGCACUGCAUGUUAAGAGGCGAGCAGAACCUUCCUCAUGAGGGAAAGUGGUUUUGUACAUAAUGUAUUUUUUCACUUUUGGGGAUUCUUUUUGUAUAACUCCAAUAAAGAUUGUAGGCAACAGCUGAGGCUUUGAUGGCUUAUUUCUUAAAUAUUGGUGGAAUGCUUUGGGGCACUCUACAUUUCUUGUGUGUACAUGUUUGUGUGUUGCUAUUGCACAACCCACUUCCUGUCUAAUGUGGAGGUGAUCAAGUGUGGCUAGAGGCCCUUUAUCUUCUACUGGUGCUAUGUUUCUAUUUCCAAAUACUUGGCUGAUUUAAUUACCUUGUAAGCUUUCAGUGGUGCUGUCCCUGGAUGGGUUUGUUUGCUAAACAAGAACUGGUAGAAAUCAGUUUGGUGCUGAAAAUGGAUGAUGGAAUAUGACCCAGGUCUUGGUUUGUGCCUAUCUUAUGUUCACCUGGUUUCCAUUUAAGGCCACAAUCCUAUGCUGGGAAAACUGGUAGAAACAUGGGAAGUGAUUCCUGAGGAAAACAGUUGUUAGAGACUCAAGCUCUGAUUUGAAAUGCUCACACUGUAGGGGGAAACAAGUAGAAGACUCUGGAAAACAAAGACUGUUAUGUUAUUUUCUGUAUAGAAAGGUUACAAUAUGUCAAUAAGUGGAAUUGUUAUAUUGUCUGCAGUUUUGUCUAUAAAAAUAAAUAUGCUAAUUUUAACAAA